UGUGUACCUGGGAGCUUGGAGGAUCCAAAAACUGUGACACAUCAUAAGUUGAUACAUGCUACUUCUGAGAAGGUGCUGACAGACACAAAAACAGUGUUGGAGGAAAACAUUCAAGAUAGAGAUGUGUUGCUUUUGAUAAAGAAGCGUGCGCCACCUCCACUCCCCAAAAUGGCAGAUGUGUCAGCAGAGGAGAAAAGGAAACAAGAGCAGAAAGCUCCUGAUAAGGAUGCUAUUCUCAAAGCAACUGCAAAUCUGCCCUCUCGCAAUGUAGAUCGUGCUGUGGCCCAUCACAACAUGAGAGAUUUCCAGACAGAACUCCGGAAGAUCUUAGUGUCUCUCAUAGAAGUUGCACAGAAAUUGCUAGCACUGAACCCAGAUGCAGUUGAACUAUUUAAGAAGGCAAAUGCCAUGCUGGAUGAGGAUGAGGAAGACAGAGUGGAUGAGAUAGCUCUGCGACAGCUUACAGAAAUGGGGUUUCCAGAAAGCAGAGCUGUCAAAGCCCUUCGAUUAAAUCAUAUGUCAGUGACACAGGCCAUGGAGUGGUUGAUAGAACACGCAGAUGACCCUACAGUGGAUGCUCCGCUUCCAGGUCAGGCUCCAUCAGAAGCCACAGCUGAAGCUGGUGCAUCCUCUGCUGAAGCGACUGCAGGUCCUAGUUCAGAAGCGGGUGGGGAAGAGGCCAAGGAUGAGCUGACAGAAAUAUUCAAGAAGAUCCGGAGGAAAAGAGAGUUUCGUCCAGACCCACGAGCUGUCAUUGCCCUGAUGGAGAUGGGAUUUGAUGAAAAAGAAGUUGUGGAUGCACUCAGAGUAAACAACAACCAGCAAAAUGCAGCCUGUGAAUGGCUGCUGGGAGACAGAAAGCCUUCUCCAGAGGACUUAGAUAAGGGCAUUGACACCAAUAGCCCUCUCUUCCAAGCCAUCUUAGAAAACCCAGUGGUACAGUUAGGGCUAACCAACCCUAAAACUCUACUAGCCUUUGAGGAUAUGCUUGAAAACCCCUUGAACAGCACUCAGUGGAUGAAUGAUCCAGAAACUGGGCCUGUCAUGCUACAGAUCUCUCGAAUCUUCCAGACGCUGAAUCGCACGUAGAGGGGAAUGCCAGUCCACUGUGCCACUUCCUACUGUCCCUGGCUUCACCUUUGCCUCAGCGGGAGGAUGAAUGGGUUGUUUGGGGAGGGGGACGGAUGGAAGGGGAGGGGAGGAGACCCUCUCUGAAUGGGUGUCUCACACAAGAGCUUAUGUAGUUAUGGCCAACUGAAGUUAACUGCCUUGUGGAUUUAGUGUUAGUGGAAGAGGUUUGAAGACUUGUUUAUGUUUUCAGGUAUUAGGUAUAUCAAAGUAUAUCAAAAAAUAGGAAAAGGUUUUGUGAAAACAAUUAAGAAUCUGAUUGUUGGAAAGAAAUAUGAUAUUACUUCUUAAAAGGGCCUGUGACGGUAGUUUUCUAGCCAGUUUUGCUAGCAGCUGGCUAGUGUUUACAAAAGGUCACUGACCACUAGCAUAGGUUAUUAAUCAUCUCCAUACAGUAUUAAUUUAUGGCUAUAUCAAAUUAUAAAACCUUUUUUUAAAUUGAUUCGUAGGAAAUGUUUUUUAAAAGUCAAAAUAUUGGGAGAGCAAGCACAUUUCUAUCCAAACUUGUUUAUCUUGCAUUAUAAUUUAAACAGGAUAAUUCAGAGAUGGAAUUCUUUUAUUAAAUAGCAUUACUUUUUCC